AUGGAUGAAAGAACUGAAUAUCUGACAUACGAGUGUGAAGGUGACUCGGUACAUAAAAUCGUCUGUACAACCUGCAAGCUGUAUGCACCAGCAAACAUGAUCUCCAACUUUAUAACUGGGAACACAACUGUGAAGAGGGAGUCUGUGAAAUUCCAUGUGAACUCUACAAUGCACGUGCGAGCUGUGCAGACUAAAGCAGCUCAAGAAAGAAAAAAAAGGAAUGAACAAACAGAUCUUGAGAAAGGUUUUCAAAAAAUGGACAUGACUACAUCUGAAAAGAUGACAAAACCUUUCAAAACUGCUUACUAUAUUGCAAUCUUUGAAAAACCAUUCACUGACUUCCCAAAUUUAAUAGAUCUGCAGCAUUGUAAUGGCUUGUCACUUGGUGAUACCUACCAUACUGACAAGGCUGCAAAAGAUCUUAUAGAGCACAUUGGUGGUGUGUAUUUUGAUGAGACCAAACAUCUUUUACAUGAUGCUGAUUAUUUUAGCAUAUUUUGUGAUGGAUCAACUGAUAGAUCCGAAACAGAAAAAGAAGUAAUUUUAAUAAAAUGUUUGGACAAUUACUAUCCAAAAAUGAGGUAUCUGAAGCUUGUUGAGCCUGAAAAUACAAAAUCCCAAGGUAUAUUAGAAGCCAUUGACAGGGCAUUUUUAGAGUAUGAUUUAAAUAAUAACAAACAAAAAACUGUAGGCUUUUGCUCUGAUGGAGCAUCUGUAAUGAUGGGUUUCAAAAGGGGUGUCAUUCAGUUAAUGAAAACACAGGGUAAUGCCGACUGGAUAAAAGCCGUAUGGUGUUUGGCCCACAGGUUAGAGUUGGCAAUAAAGGAUGCCUUUAAAGAUACAAACAUGGACAAUGUCAUUGAAAUGCUUGUGUCCAUGUAUUAUUUUUAUAAGGGUUCUGGUAAAAGGCUGAAGGAGGCUUCAGAUAUUGCAGAGUUACUUGGGGAACAUUUCAUGAAGCCUGAGAAAACUAAUGGCACAAGAUGGGUUGACCAUAAACUUAGGGCUACAAGUAAAUUACUUAAAAAUUGGCCUAUUAUAGUCACUCAGCUUCAAAAUUAUGCCGAGGACAGCUCAAAUAGAGAACAGGACAGAGCUAAGGUUAGGGGGUAUCUGAGGCAGCUUAAACAACACAAAAUGGUUUGGUACCUGGCAUUUGUAAAAUAUAUUUUGAAUGAAGUGUCAAAAAUUAGUUUACUUUUUCAGAGGGAAGAUCUUACUGUUUAUAGUGCCAUGACAAAACUCCAAAGUGCUGAAACCUCCUUAAGGGCUCUUAUGGACAAUGAUGGCCCAACAGUUUUAGAAAUCAAUGACAAAAUUAUAGAUGGCCUUUUACAUGGUUUUAAACUUCAAAACAUCAUUCCAAAUGAUGCAUUGGUCAGAGAUAGACGCAGGAUAACUCAGUCUGUUCUUGAUUGCCUGCAUACAAGGCUUAAAAAUGUGUCAAGUGAUGAAGUUUUUUUAGCAUGCAAUGCAUUUGAUCAUAAAAACUGGCCUCUUUCAACAGACAGGGAGGCUCUUUUGCAGUAUGGAAUUGGAGAUGUCAGACAGAUAUUCAAUCAUUUUGAAUUUGUUCUGACAAAUUCCGACUGUUACCUUGUCAAUGCACUGAGCCAGUGGUCCGACUUAAAAUUUUAUGUAACUGGAAAUGCAAGGUACAGUACUUUGAACCCACUGCUUGUAUGA